CAAAAACAUACACAUCACCUUUAAAUCCAGCACUCAGGAAGCAGAGGCAGGCAGAUCUCUGUGACGAUCAUGGUCAGCAUGAUUUAUAAGUUCCAAGCUAGGACUACUUAAGAAGAUCCUGACUAAAAGAAAACAAACACGCGAAAAAAACGACGGACAGAGACAGAGACAAAAGAGAUUUUUAAAUCAAACAGGCUGGCAUGAACGUUUCUGAUAGCACUAGCCCAGAACAGCAGCCCCCCAAAAGGGACAGGCAGCUGUUUUUCUGCUCACUGCCCGACUGGUUGACACAUUAAUAGGCAUUUAAAAUUUCGAAAGAAGUGGAGCUGGAAAGAUGGUUCAGCAAUUAAGAGCACUGGAUGCUUUUCCAGAGGACAUGGGUCCAGUUCUCGGCAACCAAACGCAGUUAACAACAGUCUAUAACACCAGUUCCGGAGGAUCCGACAUUCUCUUUGACUUCCGUAUGUACUACACGCACGUGGUGCACAGACAUACAUGCAGGCUGAACACCCAUGCAGACACAUUAAGAAAAUCUUAAAACCAAGUAAUUUUAACGUUAGAGUCCCAGAGGCUGCCCAUACCGACCACCUCCUUUACCCAGCUUCACCAGAUAAGGAAACUGAGGCCAGACUCAGUGACGUCAGCCGGUGCUCAACCGCAGACCGACCGGAAAUGUCCAGGCCGGGAUUCGAAUUGGGGAUCCUAUCCUCCUAGCCUGGGCUCUCGAUGACCACCUUGCUUACUUUGGACGUAAGCGGCUGCACAGCCCACAUUGUGAGGACCACAUGGCAUGCGUUCUAUAAAAAGCGCCACUCUUUGGCCUCGACGUCCAGUCGGCGUCCACUGUGGGCCAGGCUCCAACUCGCCCCCUCCGCGGCCAUCGCUAGCCACUCCGCGACUCCACUGGGCGCCCUGGUCCACCGCAGACGACGCCGACAGGAAGUCCCACCUCCGCGCGCGCCCCCGAGUACCGGGACAGCCAUGCUAACCAAUGAGCGUCGCGUCUUCGAAGACACUGACCAAUAGUAAAGCGUGCUGAGAAGGGGGCGUGUCUGGGCCGCGGGGCCGGGGAGCGGGUCGUGCGCGCUGAGGAGGAGCCGCAGCCGUCGCCGUCGCCGUCGCCGCCGCCGCCGCCGCCGCCGCCGCUACCGCUACCGCUCUGCCGCCGCCACCACCGCUACCGAGGCCGUGCGGAGCCGUUAUCGCCGCGCCGCCCGCCCCGGAGCAGAGCCCCGGGCGUUCCAGCCCGUGUUCAGAUUUUUAAAUAAUACAAUGUCUAAUGGUUAUGAAGACCACAUGGCGGAAGACUGCAGGGAUGACAUUGGGAGAACGAAUUUAAUUGUCAACUACCUCCCUCAGAACAUGACCCAGGAGGAACUACGAAGUCUGUUCAGCAGCAUUGGCGAGGUUGAAUCUGCAAAGCUUAUUCGGGAUAAAGUAGCAGGACACAGCUUGGGCUACGGCUUUGUGAACUAUGUGACUGCAAAAGAUGCAGAGAGAGCAAUCAGCACACUGAAUGGCUUGAGACUCCAGUCCAAGACCAUUAAGGUGUCAUAUGCUCGCCCAAGCUCAGAGGUCAUCAAAGAUGCCAACUUGUACAUCAGUGGGCUCCCAAGGACCAUGACACAGAAGGAUGUGGAAGACAUGUUUUCUCGGUUUGGGCGAAUCAUCAACUCCAGGGUCCUUGUGGAUCAGACCACAGGUUUGUCCAGAGGGGUUGCCUUUAUCCGGUUUGACAAACGGUCGGAAGCAGAAGAGGCAAUUACCAGUUUCAAUGGUCAUAAACCCCCAGGUUCCUCUGAGCCCAUCACAGUGAAGUUUGCAGCCAAUCCCAACCAGAACAAAAACAUGGCUCUUCUCUCGCAGCUGUAUCACUCGCCUGCUAGGCGGUUUGGAGGCCCUGUGCACCACCAGGCACAGAGAUUCAGGUUCUCCCCUAUGGGUGUAGAUCACAUGAGUGGGAUUUCUGGUGUCAAUGUCCCCGGCAAUGCUUCCUCGGGCUGGUGCAUCUUCAUCUACAACCUUGGGCAAGACGCCGAUGAGGGGAUCCUCUGGCAGAUGUUUGGCCCCUUUGGUGCAGUUACCAAUGUGAAAGUGAUUCGUGAUUUCAACACCAACAAGUGCAAAGGGUUUGGUUUUGUGACCAUGACAAACUAUGAAGAAGCUGCAAUGGCCAUAGCAAGUCUGAACGGCUACCGCCUGGGGGACAAAAUUUUACAGGUUUCCUUCAAAACCAACAAGUCCCACAAAUAACUCGCUCAUGCUUUUUUUCUUUCUUUCUUUUUUUCCUUUUCUUUUUUCUUUUUUUGUACGGAAUAGAUAAUUAAGAGUGAAGAAGUUGAAACUUUUUUGUUAGUGUACAACUCAUUUUGCGCCAAUUUUCACAAGUGUUUGUCUUAGU